CAGGCAGCAGCAGCAGCAGCAGCGCGCUCACUACACACGCGAACCUGCUGAAGGCCGCUGGAGUCGCGCGUUGUAAAUUAUGUACAUAAGUUACUGAUAUUAUUCGGGUGCACAUGAAUGGCCAGGCGCACAACUCGGAGCCGUUUAACCGAAUAACGAGUGGUAAAGAUCCAUAAAGCAACACCGGCCAACAUCGUCUGAAUCGGUACACCAAGUGCUCACCGCCUGCUCCCAGACCGAGGCUCGACGACUCCGCCGGGGACUGAUCAAGCCGACCGCACCGCAACAACGCGUAUAAAAUGUGAACAGAAUAAGAGACGGACUUCUUUUUCUAAAGCUUUUUUUUGUAAAUUUAUUUUUUCAGUGGUUGUAAAUCAUAUUUUGUAGGCAGAAAGCCCAGUGUAAAGUCGUGUAAUUAGUAAAAAGCUACAGGAAUAAUAAGAAAUCCUAGCUACCGGUGCUCAGUAGCUCGUUUUUUAAAUAAAUAUAUCCCUGGACCGACGAGCUACCAUGGUACAUUCGGGGUUUACUUGAAGGUAUUCACUCAAAAACAGCAUCGUUUCCAAAAAGCUUGAGGAAAAAGUCCCAGUUUAGUGUCUGUUUCUAACAGUGGAUAUAAAGAAAAUGUAGGACAUGGUGAGGAGGAAAGAGAAGACGGAAACUGUGCUCUAACAGCUGUGGGCUCACGUUCAUGUUUCAUCUGUAAAUCAACGUAUUAAAGGAGACAAGCAGGCAGACAGACAGGAGGAGAAGUGGGAGGGGGUCACCAGUUCGACCACGGACAGCCUCCAAUCACCUGCAGCACUGGAAGAACUGCCUGACAGUCGAGAAGGGUAAGUGGGUGACCCCAGAAAGAGAGAGAGACGGGGACUGACGGUGGAGCGAAGGUUUGGAGGAGGCGGAGGUGGAGGAGGAGUGGGAAAGGCCAUUCUCCAUGGCUACUGACCCAGGAGAGCCCACAGGCACCGAGGACUCCUCGGGGAAACCUGAUGGGCAGAAGGAGGAGGACACAGAGCAGGAGGGCAAGGCCAACCAACAGAGGGAGAGGACACACAGCACCCCCGCCGACUUCCCCUCCUCCAGCACUCAGGAGAGGAAAGCAACAGGAGGAGAGGGCGGAGGAAACCGAGGAGGAGGGGGAGGGGAAGCCAGCCAGGAGGGCGAGGAGAACCCAGUCAGACAGAUUUUGUUCUCCAUGCCAUCCUUAUCAGCCGACACUGGCCAGAAACGUUUGAGGCGGGAGAAGCGCUUCUUCAGAAAGAGUGUGGAGAUUUGUGAGGAGGACGAUGAGGUGGAGAGACCCCCAGAGGCGCCCCACAGCGCCCCCCACCUGGAGCUGCGCACCUCAGACUCCAUCUUCACCAGCAGUGCCCAGCAGCAAGGGGCUGCCUCCUCCUGUGCUGCCAUCGGCAACGACCCGUCCUGCCCCAGCUCCAGCCAGGGGCCGGGCAAGGAUGAAUCCUCCUCCACACUCGCCCAGAGGGGGAAGGAGAGGGACCGUGAGCUGGAGGAAGAGGCAGAGAUGAAGGCUGUGGCCACCUCUCCUGGAGGCAGGUUCCUCAAGUUUGACAUUGAACUGGGCAGAGGAGCCUUCAAAACAGUGUAUAAAGGCCUGGACACGGAGACCUGGGUGGAGGUGGCUUGGUGUGAACUCCAGGUAAGAUCCAGGGUCUCCUUGCCCCGGGGCCAGGCUGUGACCAGGAGGAGUGUGCUUGUGUCCCAGCAUGGGGGCCGACGCGGCGCCAGACACAUUAGCAAUGUAGGAAAUUAG